AUUUCUAAAGAAUAUAAUUUGACCAAUGGAUUAGCCUCUAAGGUGUUUAGAAAUGCAAAUAUACGCCAAAAUGUGCUGCAGUAAUUUAUUUUGACGCACUCUGGACCUCCACUGAAGCAUUUUGCCUUGUUGUUCACACCUAGAAUAAUUUUAAGUGAACUGCAAUUGAUAUCACGACUUCCUUGAUAUAUAGAAAUUUGGACGAUAUCAUUUACAUGCUAAGCUUUAGUGCAAUUAUCCAAGGUGACAAGCUGUGAAAUGACGGAUGAUUUGAGCGAGAGAGUGGAAGAGCUUUUAAUAUGUUCUCUUUGCUUGGAGAAAUUUAAAGAUCCCAGAGUUCUUCCUUGUUACCAUUCCUUCUGCUACAAAUGUAUCGUAAAACUAUAUAAAAAUGAUCAAUCAGGAGCUAUUCGUUGUCCAAACUGUCGCUUGGAUAUUCAGAUGGAAGAAAGCUCGAUUUCGACGAUACCUGUAAACUUUCUUCUCAAAAGUCUCCUUACGGUAGUAAAAAAGACAAGAACGUGCGAUAAUUGUGUAGAAAAAGAUCUUGCAGUGAAUCGUUGUGAUAAGUGUUCCAUGUACUUGUGUCAGUUUUGCUCAGAAUCCCAUAGGCGGGGAAUAGCAACAAGAGAUCACAAGCUCACCCCUUUGGACGAACCAGAUCCCAGUAAUGAGCAGCAUGUACAAAAAAACUAUUGCUUGAAACAUGAGCGUGAAGCUUUAUUUUUUUGCAGAACAUGCAAUAAGAUUAUCUGUCGAGAAUGCACGAACAAUGACCAUAAAAAUCAUGAUUAUGAAACCAUUGAAAAUGCUGCAGAUGAAUCAAGACGAUUUUUGAAAACCAAUGUUGACCAGGUAAAUGCGAGAAGGAUUAAAGUAGAGAAAACCAUAAAAGAUCUUAAGGAGUUUCAACAUCAUUUGGAACGUGGGUGUGCAAAAACAAUUGAAGAGAUUGACAGACAUUUUGACGAGAUGAUCACGGAAGUAGAGAAUUGUAGGAAGAAGAUUAUUGCACAAGCGACGUCGAUCAACAACAGCAGAUACAACAUAGUCGAAACACACCUGGAAAGGCUUGAAGCGACUUCCAUCAGUUGUAGAAAUAAUAUUAGUUUGAUUCAUAGGGCAUUUGCAAAAACCAAUGACGUUCAACUUCUAAAAAUGAAGAAUGAUAUUUUCCAAUCAUUAGAGCAAUUGCAAGAGGUCACAGAUGAAAUCGAUCCUUGUGUUUCUGGUCAGCUUAUUUUUGUCAAACCAGAGUCGUUUGGUGCAAAAAGAAAAGAUUUGCUAGAUAAGUAUAGCGUAAGUGAAAUUGAGGUAGAUUUUGAGAACUGUACGGCCACCUUUGACGAUUUAUCUACCAUAAAAUUAUUCAAUAAGUCUUCAAUUACGCUGACAUGCUUUGAUCAAUACAAGAAAAGGCUUCCAUACGGAAAUUAUUUGGUUGAACCAACGUUUUCUGGAGUUGAAAUAAAGGACUUAAGCAUUACUGACAAUGAAAACGGUUCAUAUAGUGUCGCGUUUUGCCCGACCACAAGUGGAUACUUAAAGUGCACAUUUUCCAUUAGCCAAACUCAAGUUCCAAAUUGCACUUUGAAUACCUGGGUUGGAUGGUGCUGGAAUGAAUCAAAUGGUAACAGCGAAGUUUCAAACAAAGGAUUGACGAUGAAAGGUCGUGCAGCUGAUGAGUAUUGUUACAGAAUUGGUAAUUGCUCCUUUGAUUCUGGAACUCAAAAGUGGAAAAUUGAAAUAUCUUACACGCGUGAAGUGACUCGUGCCUUAUACACUAUCUCUAAUAAUGUCGAAGUAGGAGUGAUCGAUUGUGAUAAAUUACAGAGAUAUCAUAGCGAAGACUCUAAAUGCGUGAAAAAAUUUAAAGCCAAAUGGGAACGUGACGUCAUAAUAACAGCUAUUGUUGAUAUGAGUGAAAGAAGUCUUCGUUUACAGUCUGUUAAAAGAAAAAGAGGGAACCAGGAGAUGUAUGAUCCAAAAGAAUUCUUCGUAAAUUUUCGCGCACACCAUGUAGUUCCUUUUGUUUCAUGUUCCUCUCCUGCAGUAUCGAUAACACUUUUGCAAGAACAAUUUUGAGCAACUCAACAAACUUGUGAGGAUGUAAAAUCCAGAUCCCAGUAGGUUUUGUGCCGUUCUGCAUCUCGCAAACAAUUUUUUAUAUAUUUGUUCUCCAUUUAUUUCCAUUGAAAAUGGGUGGCUUUUAAGAUUGGUGACGAUUGCGCAAUUGUUAAUAGAAUUGGCGUGGAGAUAAUAUCUUUAGAUUUUAAGAGAUUAAUAAAAAAAGACAAAAAUAAAAGCUCACGCGCGUUUCCCACGCUAAAUAAGCACUGUAAGUAAUUUAAGCUUUAUAAUAAGUCAUACACGCAUUUGCGUUAGAUUAAUGAGACUUGGACAUCAUGCAUACUAUUGUAUUAUCAUAAAUUGCCCAAUAUAGUUGUUGCUGGUAGCUAUAUCUAACUUAACACUUUUUUCUUCCAUCAGUUCUAUGCUAACAAUUUUUUGUUGUUAUGUAAAUUUUUUAAAGGAGAUUACAAGCAUGUUGAAUUACUAUAUUUCUCCGUUACCAAAUCAUUUAUGAAUGUACAUUGUAUGUUUCAGCAUUACCUCAUGCACCCAACUUUUAGAUCCAUGUGCAUCAAGAUUAAUGUUUUAGUAGCAGUUUGGUGUAUCUUCGGGUAUAAAAAAUAACAAAAAAUGUUUUCCCAAAUUACCCGAUAAUAUUCGUCAAAAAUAACCAUAUUAACGACGAUAUGAGAAAAAGUUAUUUUUACUUGCCUAAUCAUCUGGUUAUUUUUUACAUUUGUUGAUAAUUUAUACUUACAAUGAUACAUUAAAGUUGUUGUAUAAUGAA